GUGGAGGAGAUUGAAAAGCGAAGAAAGAGGGGGAAGCAUUGUUAUAUGGACGGUGGAAGCACACUUGUGGAUGACGUUCGUCAAUUCUUCCAUCGUUUCACUUCUCCAUCUCCUGAUAUUAACUCUCACCACCACACCAUUGAUCCUGAUCACAACCACCACGACGAAGACGACAACAAUGAUCAUAAAAACAACAAAUUCUACCCAUGCAAUUCCAUUGCCAACGUUAACAACGGUGAUAACAAUCUCGUCCAUGUAAACCAAUCAACAAGACUUUGAAAUCUCUUUCUUGAAAGUUCUCACAGUCCCUACUCGCUCACACCUCAAAACGCCUCCUUCAAUGGAUCGUAACAAAAAGGGUGCACCGGAGGAUAAGUUUUUUACCGAGUACGGAGAGGCAAGCCGAUAUGAGAUCCAAGAAGUUGUUGGAAAAGGAAGUUAUGGUAUUGUGGGUGCUGCCAUUGACACUCAUACUGGGGAAAAGGUUGCAAUCAAGAAAAUUAAUGAUGUUUUUGAGCAUGUAUCGGAUGCCACACGAAUCCUAAGAGAAAUAAAGCUACUUCGGUUGCUUCGACAUCCUGAUAUAGUAGAAAUUAGGCAUAUAAUGCUUCCUCCUUCUCGGAGAGAGUUCAAGGAUGUAUAUGUUGUAUUUGAGUUGAUGGAGUCUGACCUUCAUCAAGUCAUUAAAGCAAAUGAUGACCUUUCGCCUGAACACUACCAGUUUUUCUUGUACCAACUUCUUCGGGGUCUAAAAUACAUACAUUCAGCUAAUGUCUUUCAUCGCGACUUAAAGCCGAAAAAUAUUCUUGCUAAUGCUGAUUGUAAACUUAAGAUAUGCGAUUUUGGGCUUGCUCGAGUAUCAUUCAAUGAAGCCCCGUCAGCUAUUUUCUGGACUGACUACGUUGCAACUCGAUGGUAUCGUGCACCUGAACUAUGCGGUUCUUUUUUCUCAAAAUAUACCCCCGCUAUUGAUAUUUGGAGCAUUGGAUGCAUAUUUGCAGAAAUGCUCACUGGGAGGCCAUUGUUUCCUGGGAAAAAUGUGGUGCAUCAAUUGGAUCUCAUGACCGAUUUGCUUGGUACUCCUCCUGCUGAAUCCAUUUCCAGGAUUCGAAAUGAGAAGGCUAGAAGGUAUCUUAGUAGCAUGCGGAAAAAACAACCAGUUCCCUUCACCAAAAAAUUUCCAAAUGCAGAUGUGCUGGCUCUUCGUUUGCUGGAACGGCUACUUGCAUUUGAUCCUAAAGAUCGUCCAACAGCUGAAGAGGCAUUAGCUGAUCCUUACUUCAAUGGUUUGGCAAGUGUAGAUCGCGAACCAUCCACUCAGCCCAUUUCAAAGCUUGAGUUUGAGUUUGAGAGAAGGAAAUUGACCAAAGAUGAUGUCAGAGAGUUGAUUUAUCGAGAGAUUCUAGAGUAUCAUCCACAGAUGCUCCAAGAAUAUCUUCGUGGUGGAGAGCAAACAAGUGGUUUCAUGUAUCCAAGUGGAGUUGAUCGGUUUAAGCGACAAUUUGCGCAUCUUGAGGAACUUCAAGGCAAAGGUGAACGAAGCACCCCAUUGCAGAGACAGAAUGUCUCCUUACCUAGAGAGCGAGUUGCUGCUUCCAGCGAUGAAACUGACAAGGAUGGUGAACAACAGAGUCCUUCAGAUACGCCAGGUUCACGGAGCUUAUUGAAAAGUGCUAGCAUUACUUCCAAGUCUUAUGUCAAAGCAAAUAGAGAUCCAGAGGAGCCAAUUAUGGAAGCCAAUGAUGAGGUGGCUGAGAUGACGGAGAAAAUUGCUGUCCUCCAUGCUUAGUUCAAGCCUUGAAUCAUGAUUUUGAUCUAACCCCUCAUGCAUUCAGAGGCCUUAAUUCAAUGCUAUUCCCCCUUUUUCUCAAAGACAGUUUUUCGUUUCGAUCGACAAUGGCUUGGAAAGGUUGCACAGAAAUUCUACACUCUUUUUGGUACAAGAAUCUUUAAUAUAGGAUUCCGUUGUCAUGAUUCAUGAACUACCAUUUUUGUAUUACUACUUAUUAAGUCUUGUAAACAGAAUGUAUAGUAUAGUAGUACUCAAUUCUUUAUUGUGAA